AUGAAUAUAGCAGUCGUCAUUUACUCCCGACAUCUGAGCCGCUGAAGACGCAGAGGAUUAACCUUACCGAUCCCUGAUUUACCUAAAUGCCUCUGUUUGCGCGAAUCAUUUGUGAUCCAACUUCAUCUACAGCAGAACGCUAGAAGUUGUAGACAUUUUAAAGGAUGGAUCACAAAUAAAGACAAAUACAACAUCCUGAUUCUUACUUUUGAAGAAAUGAUCAAGGAGCUCAGAUCCAUCGUGAAAAUCUGUGAGUUUGUGGGAAAGAAUCUGUCAGACGCAGCGAUCGAUAAAGUGGUGGAAACAGCCACAUUCAAGCACAUGAAGAAAGACCCCUUGGCCAACUAUGAAUCCCUUUCUCUGAAUGUCACAGACCAUCCAAAAGGACUCUUUUUGCGCAAAGGAACAGUUGGGGACUGGAAGAACUCUUUAACUGUGGCUCAGAGUGAAUGUUUUGACCGCGUCUACCAAGAAAGAAUGAAGGACGUACCUCUUAACAUGGUCUGGGACAUCUCAGAAUUGCAUGACUGAAAACUCAAGACGUGGCAUCCAUUUAACAAACUAAUAAAGAUAAAACACUAUCAUGAUCAUAAAAGGAACACGUAAUGUGAAUGGAUGUGUUGGUUACACAACAAUAUCAAAACAGAUAACAAUCAGGGAGUGAUGAGGAUAUUUUUGGCCUUCUGAACUUUAACACAUUUUUAGGGUUUCUUUAAUGGUCAUGUGGUGUAAAAAUAAGCCUCCCAGUUAUUAUUACUGUUUGUUUACUUUCUGCGAGUAAUUCAUUCAUUCACCUUAUUAACAAAGAAAAAACUUUUCCCUUUUUUCAUUAAAUUAAACUCUGAAAAUA